AAGACGGGGUAAUGUGGUCUACAACAGAGCAACACUGAAAAGUAGUUGUCAAAAAAAAAUAAGCAAAGAACUUGGCAGCUGUAGCGAAAUACGUGUUUUUAUUCGAUAAAUUAGCGAAAAUGGCAGUGUAAAACGACGGUGAAUGCAUAACUAAAUGUGCAACGUGUAAUCAUAAUGUCGAGCCGUCGUUCGAUACUCGGUUCGACACUGGACGCUCUACCCGCGCCCACGGAUCCACUUCGCGAAUUGUUUGAAGCUUGCAAAACUGGUGAUGCUGCGCGAGUAAAAAAGUUAAUUACUCCACAAACGGUGAAUGCCAGGGACACAGCUGGUAGAAAAUCUACUCCGCUACACUUCGCUGCAGGUUAUGGUCGCCGAGAAGUGGUAGAGCUCCUAAUAGGUGCUGGGGCAGCACUACAGGCCCGAGACGACGGCGGGCUCCAACCAUUACACAAUGCAUGCUCCUUUGGUCAUGCUGACGUUGUCCGGGCACUGCUGAGUGCUGGCGCGGCACCGGCAGCCAGGGAUAAUUGGGGAUAUACACCGCUGCACGAGGCAGCUGCCAAGGGGAAGGUUGAUGUUUGUAUUGCACUGCUACAACAUGGUGCGGACCCGAACAUCAGAAAUACGGAAGGAAAGACGCCCUUGGAUCUGGCAGAUUCUGCCACCAGGCCUGUUCUUACUGGCGAGUACUGCGCAGCAGAAGUGUUAGAAGCAGCGCGUUCAGGCGCCGACGAGCGGCUCGCGGCGCUUCUAACCCCUCUGAACGUCAACGUGCACGCUGGUGAUGGUCGCCGCUCUACCCCCUUACACCUGGCUGCUGGGUAUAAUAGAGCGCGGGCAGUGCGGUUGUUACUGCAGAGAGGUGCGGACACGCACGCUAAAGACAAGGGUGGCUUGGUGCCUCUUCACAACGCCUGUUCAUACGGGCACUAUGAAGUUACGGAGCUGCUAGUCCGCGCUGGUGCCGACGUCAACGCUACAGACCUGUGGGCCUUCACACCGCUACAUGAGGCCGCGAGCAAGGCGCGGCUAGAGGUGUGUUCUCUCCUGCUAAGCGAAGGCGCGGACCCCACACUUCUAAACUGCCACGGCAAGUCCGCUCUAGACGUGGCGCCGACCCGAGAACUGCAGGAGCGGCUAGCGUUUGAAUACCGAGGACAUUGCUUGUUAGAGGCGUGUCGUUUGGCGGAGCCGGCCAGAGUAAAAAAACAGUUGUCAUCGCUCAACAAUCCACCUGUGAACCCGGAGAGUUCCCCGUCGAGCCCGGCCGGGGGCUCCGUGGCCGGCGCGGCGGAGGCGCUGGCCAACUUCCAGCACGCGGCCAGCGGCGACCGCCCGCUGCACGCCGCCGCCGCCAGCGUCUACCCCAAGCGGAAACAGGUGAUGGAGAUGUUAAUAAGAAAGGGCGCCCGAGUCAAUGAGAAGAACAAGGAGGGACAGACGCCUCUACACAUAGCCACAGAGCAUUCGCACCUGGACGCCAUGGACCUUUUGUUACGACACGGUGCGAAGGUGAACGCGAUGGACGGGCGCGGUAUGAGCGCGCUGUCGCUGGCGGCGCGCGCGGACGCGGCGGCGGCGUGCCGGCUGCUGCUGGCGUGCGGCGCGCACGCGCAGGAACCCAGCUACCCCGCGCCCAUGGACGCAUGCGCGAACGCGGCGGCCCUACGUCUGCUAGAAGCGGCUCGGACGGGCGACGUGGAGGCGGCGCGAGCGGCUCUGGACGCGCGGCCGCGACUCGUCAACUGCAGAGACGUCGACGGCCGCCACUCCACCCCGCUACACUUCGCGGCCGGGUACAAUAGGUUACCACUUGCUCAACUACUAUUACAAAGAGGCGCCGAUGUCCAUGCGAAGGACAAAGGCGGCCUCGUCCCCCUCCACAAUGCGUGUUCAUACGGGCACUACGAAGUGACCGAGCUACUGGUGUCGUGCGGCGCCGGAGUGAACGCGGCGGAUCUGUGGCGGUUCACGCCGCUACACGAGGCCGCGGCCAAGGGCAAGGCGGACAUCGUGCGGCUGCUGCUCAAGCACGGCGCGGACCCGACGCGACGGAAUCGAGACGGACUGACGCCCCUACAACUAGUCCGGAGUGGAGACUCCGACACGGCCGACGCGCUGCGCGGCGACGCGGCGCUGCUCGACGCGGCCAAGCGCGGCGAGCUGGCGAGAGCUAGGAAAUUAAUAACACCACAGAACGUGAAUUGUAGAGACGCUCAUGGAAGGAAUUCCACACCACUACACCUUGCCGCCGGCUACAACAACUUAGAAGUCGCCGAGGCGCUCCUGGAGGCCGGCGCGGCAGUCUCAGCGCGUGACAAGGGAGGCCUAGUACCACUCCACAACGCCGCCUCCUAUGGACACUUGGAGUUGGCUGCGUUGUUACUACGGGCCGGUACGCCGCCGAACGCCGCCGAUAGAUGGGGCUUUACUCCGCUACAUGAGGCGGCGCAUAAGGCGCGCACACAGCUGUGCGCGUUACUGCUGGCCCACGGCGCCGACCCGUAUCUCAAGAACCAAGAAGGGCAGACGGCCCUCGACCUGGCCGGGGCCGAGGAUGUCCGCUCCCUACUGCAGGACGCCAUGACGUCCGCCACACGGGCUCCGCCGGCCGCGCCGCCCGCCGCGCCGCUGCCGCCGCCGCAGCUGCCCGUCCUGCUGCCUAGUGGGGAUACCGUGCCGCUGCCGCUACCUGUGGUGCCAAGCAACUACUGGGCGGAGGGCUCCCGAGGCAGUUUAGAGGACGCGGCAGGCCGACCUGCCUCGGCUCUGUCUACGUCGGAAUCUUUACAAACUUUCCUGUCGAGUAUCGGCCUGGAGCAGCUAGCUCCAGUGUUAGAACGGGAGCAAAUCACAGUAGAUAUUUUAUCUGAAAUGUGUCACGAAGAUCUCAGAGCCGUGGGCGUAGCGGCCUACGGGCAUAGACAUAGGCUGCUGAAGGCGGCGCGACAGUCUGCGCAGGCGGCGUCAGAAUGGUACGGCGGCACGACGCUAGUCGACGUGACGCCGACUUCGAGCGACGAGUGCGGCGAGAGCGAGCACGCGAUAGUCGAGAGGGAGAUGCAGGCUUCCGUGCGAGAGCACCGAGACCAGGCGGGCGGGAACUACUCACACUAUAAUGUAGUCAGGAUACAAAAGAUAGUGAACGGCCGGCUAUGGGAGCGCUACCAGCACCGGCGGCGAGAGGUGGCCGCUGAAGCAGGUGGCGCCAACGAGCGCAUGCUGUUCCACGGGUCGCCCUUCAUCAACGCCAUUGUACAGAAAGGCUUCGACGAGAGACACGCCUACAUCGGUGGCAUGUUCGGCGCGGGCAUAUACUUCGCGGAGCACUCUUCCAAAAGCAACCAAUACGUGUACGGUUUCGGCGGCGGCUCCGGGUGUCCCGCGCACAAGGACCGCAGCUGUUACCUGUGUCACAGACAACUCCUCCUGUGCCGCGUGACGCUCGGGCGGGCGUUCCAGCUGUCAGCGGCGCUGAAGAUGGCGCACGCGCCGCCCGGCCACCACGCCGUGUCGGGCCGCCCCACGCAGGGCGGCCUCUGCUACCCCGAGCACGUGGUGUACCGGGGGGAACAGGCUUACCCAGAAUACCUAAUAACGUAUCAAAUAGUCGGCGGCGAGGGCAACACGGGCGCAGUGUAAAUACCAAGUAUUUCUACCUGGUACCAAGUACCUAGUGCGACCUAGUAUACCUAUAGUCUGUAUCUUUAGGUACUUAAAUAAAAGUAAACAAAUCAUUUGUACACUUUCGGGUAGUUAUAACAUUAAGGCACACUUGCACCAACCGACAAACCCGGGGUUAAGCGCUUAAACCGUUAACCUAAUGUCAAAUUGUACUGGUAACCAUGGCAACUCCAGGUUUAACCGGUCAACCCUAGAUUAGUAGAAUGGUGCAAGUGGCCCUUAUUGAUUAACCAAUCAAAUACAAAAUCACUUGGAUCUUUCACUGAACAACCUACAUUAUUUAAUCAUGUAAUGUUUAAAAUCUACCCUCAACUGGCUUAAGAAGCCAUUUGAGGGUAGAUUUUGUUUACUCUUUUUUUAAAUACCUAAAGAUACGGACUAUAAAUGAAAAUAUUUUUGAAUAUUGUUUAGUUGAAACUGUUUAGAUUAGAAAUGGACUAAUGUGUCGUUUUCAAACAAAAGGUACCAGUUUUUUAGGUUGUCAAUAUGCAAUUAAAAAUCUUCUUGACAACUGUGAUGCCUUUUUGCCAAAAAAAACUUCGCGAAUUAUUGUCUUCAUUUGUCCAACUGUUGGACAAAAGAUAUACAGGGUGGCAAAAAAUAAGUGCAUUCCCGUUGCCAGGGAGGUUUUGGGAUUAUACUGAGCAACUUUGACUAUGGGACCAACCCCAGGCGUGGCUCACUCCGCGAUUUCGCCGCUUUACCACAGGUAGCUAAAAGUACAUCCGUUCGACCCCAAUUUUGGGGUUUGCCAUAAGCCACGCGUGGCGCUGUCGCCACCUAGCGGCCAUAUCUGUGCUGAUCGUGACAGACGCGUUUUGUUAGAUAGUGAGUCUUCUGUACCUAGUACUAUUAAUAUUCUAUGCCAACCCCGAAAUCGGAAAAAAAUUGUAUGCUCCCAUAGAAAAUGGGCCAGCCAAAAUGUAUAUAACAGGCAAUUUUUUUUUCGCGAAUUCGGGGUUGGUCCCAUAGUAAAAGUUGCUCAGUAUAAUCCCGAAACCUCCAUAGCAACGGGAAUGCAGUUAUUUUUAGCCAACCUGUAGAGUACGGAUAGAUACGUGGCUUUCCAUCAGAGAACGGUCCUUAUGCAGUUGGAGCAUAACGACCCUUUAGGCAUGGAACGCCACAUAACCAUUUGACUGUUCGAACGACUUUGAAAUUCGGCUUUAACCCUAUGUUGUCAACAAAAUAAUCAUGUUCGAAUCUAACCCCCUUAUUCAUAAACGCGCUACAAAGAUAUCGUAGUACAGAUGGCGUAUUAUUGGCUUAUUUAGUUCUGAAUAUACUUAUUCGGGCAUAACAUAACGAAACUGUUAUUAAAAAGGUAAAGCCUUGAUUACCUAGCGCUUUACUGAUGUAGUGCAUAAUUGAAGGGAUGUUUAUGUUGCAGUCAAAAGUGUGAACUGGUCAAAAGAACUUUUAACCGACAAAAACAGGCAAAACUGCUUUUGACUGAGCAUGUUGGUCAAAGUAGUUUUACCUGAAAAUCAUACCUAUUUCUGGCAGCAGUUUCGUUUUUAGGGCGUAGCAAAAAAAAAUUACCCUAACCUACCUAUCUCUGGGAACAGUUUCGUUUUUUGUGCGUAGCAAAAAAAAAAUAACCCUAACCUACCUAUCUCUGCGAGUACUUUUGACUGAUAGUAACAGUCACAAUUACUAUGAACCAAUGAUUUUCAGGUAAAACUACUUUUGACCAACAUGCUCAGUCAAAAGCAGUUUUGCCUGUUUUUGUCGGUUAAAAGUUCUUUUGACCAGUUCACACUUUUGACUGCGACAUUUAUAAAAACAACCUAACUGCUUAGAGCGGUUGACACUUUUUUAAGAACAUUGUUAAUCGUUUCAGGUGUCUGACUGACUGACUUUGACUAAACUAGCAUGACAAAUACGAACGUUUCCGAGAAAAUACGAUAGAAAACAAUUAUGCACCACAUCUGUACUCAUCUUGUAGUGUUUCCAAAUCUGGAUUUUCCUCUUUAUAAGGUUGUGUAUAUUGUUAUUAAUUGUAUAUAUUGAGAAAAUCAGGUAUAGUCGCACCAAUAAAAUUCUGCAGCGGAUUUGAUAGCCCACGCAGUGUAAGUGUUAUUUAUACGUCAUAAUUUCAUAGAAGUUUGACGUUGGAAAUGACACUUGCACUGCGUGGGCUAUCAAAAUCGCUGCAGACUUUAUACGGUCUGACUUCGAAUUACCAGUACUGUACCAACUAAUUAAAAUUUAUGGUCAUUAAACGAAACGCCGAUACGCUAUUAAAUUGUUACUAACAAAAUAAGUCUAAGGACUCUAAGGAUAUGGGGAUGUCCUGCAUAUAAAAUCUAUUGCUAGAAAGAUCGUCAUGGCAAGAACUUACAUCAUAGACUAGGAAUCCUCUAGACCGAGUUUAGAGCAAUUAUUUAGGGGGUAGCGCGACUAUGCUGAGUCUGGUGGAUGUUUUGUCUGUGACUUACAUACACAUGAGGUAUGGCAUCUUUUCAAAAGGGCUUAUUUUAAAGCAUGUUAGCCCUUGUUUCUCCGUAAUGAUUUAAUGGCUGCUGUAAACAAUCUAAUGUAUCUAUAAUAAACUAGCCUAUUUGUAAAAUAUAUAUACCACUUCGGUGUUACCGUAUUUCGUUACAGUUAAUAUUAAAAAUUACUUUUUCAAGUCUAUUGGCUUUGUUCUUUUUUUAGACUAUCGAGUCCAAAAACAUAAUUAAAUGUGUCAAUUUUAUUUUUCAAAACGAAAUAUAACAUUUUAUUCUGUUUAUUUUUAACUGAAUAAUAUAUCAGUUGUAAAAUAAAAUGUUAAAAUUGUAAUCGUUACUCAAAAUCUGCCCACACAUGUUUUGUAUAAAUAUUUUACAAUUCACAAUAAUUCUUUGAUGGUGGUAAUAUCACGGGUGGUCUAAGUCCUGUGCACACUGGAUGCGUGUGCAUAAACGUGCACGUAAUCGUUGUAAUCUACAGAGCCUUGUGAGAGAUGGCACACCGCUUGCGUGCACGGCUCCAACAUUUUAGCGCACGUGCACCACGUCUACGCACACGCAACCGGUGUGGUCUGGCCUUUAAGACGAAACAGGAGCUGAGUUUUAAAUAUUUUUUGUAAAUAAGAAAUAUACCCGUCUCGCUAACGGAAGCGGCUCCUAAAACUAGUGCGAUAAGGACAAGGCGAAAAAUCCCAAAAAUCGAGGUUUCGUACUCGACUGUUUCGUCCUCCAAAACUUAACCAAUCGUAACCAAAUUUGGAAAUCUAAAUGAUUAUGUCGGACCGUUUUGGCUUUUUUGGCUAAUUGAUAUCAUGCAGUUUUGAAUACUACGCCUCUCAUUGCGGCAUAGUCAAUGAGGCCAUUUUUGAAGGGCUCUAGCGCCUUAAAAAACAAAAAUAUCAAAAAAAGCAAAACGGUCCGACGCAGAUAUUGCCAAUAUUAAUCUGUGUUGAAAAAAUCAUUGCUCUAGCAUCAAAACCCACGGAGGAAACAGUCGAUUACGUUUGUAUGGAGAAAUGACCACUCCUGUUGGCUCUUAAAUUUCGAGUUCGCUCUAAGCAGAUCGAAGGAGCAAGAAUUCAAAAAUUUGAACAUUUACAAUGCAUUUGUAAAACUAAAACGAACAUGUCUCGAACUUUGUUGAGGAGAAAGAUCGAUAGUAUCAAAUUACUAUCCAGAAAAAAAUUUAAAUAAGAAGUCAAAAAAAUAUUGUACUAUUCAAAAUUUCCAUAGUAUGGAAGGAAUAUCUUGCAUAAUAUUAACAAUGAUGUUGCACCGUUGUUUUCAUUGUUGUAUUUGAAAUUGUAAGAUCGGUUUUUCUUCGAAACGCAUUAUUUUUAAAGUUAUUUAUUAUAUGCAAUUAAUCGCAUUCAUUUUUCCCAGAUUAAAAAAGGACUCUCUUUAAAUAGGACUCUGUCUCUAUCUAUAUAUAUCCUCUAUAUAGAAAGUAGUUGAAAAUAUACAUACAUUUCUUUAUGCUAAGCGUAAGAAAUAUAUUAUACAGUUCCGACUGUCACGACUUGGCCAAACAUUAUAUUAUUAUGUAUUUGUUAUUGGGAUUAAAAUCUGCCAAUUGUUAUCAAGUCUGUAAUGGUUUAUAUAUUCUUAUUAUUAGUUAAAUUCACAAAAAGUAUAAAGUAUACAGCAGUGAUAAAAAAUAAACAUAAUGGUUGACUGGUAGAGAAUGCCUUUAGGCAUUAAGUCCGCCAUUUGUACAUUUUUCCUGUUUGUGCAAUAAAGUUUAAAUAAAUAAACAAAUAUUGAAGCACUUUUUGUUCCAGUUCUUAAUUACAUAAAAAAAUAAUUUGGUUAGUUGUUUUUAACUCCAAACCAACCUAGAAGUGGCGACUUAAAAGACCUGCGCACACCGGAUGGCGCGUAGACUGCACGUGCGCGUUGUAAUAUACAGAUCCUUAUGAGAGACGGCACACCGCUUGCGUGUCGUGUGCGUGCACGGUUCCAACAUUUUAGCGCACGUGCACGUCUACGCACGCAGCGGGUAUGCUCUGGCUUUUAUGAUUGCAGCGCCAUCUGCGUUAGGUUUUUAAUUAAUAAUAAUAUAAUAAUUUAGCCUAUAUACGUCCCACUGCUGGACACAGAACUCUCAUGUGCGAGAAAGCUUGGGCUAUAGUCCCCACGCUAGUCCAAUGCGGAUUGGGAACUUCGCUUGGCUUAUUGAAAAAAAAAUUGCAACCUUAUUUUGGCUGAAUCUCUAUUGUUUCCCAAAAAGUUUUAAAUCAUCCGCAUUUUCGUUAGUCAUAAUUUGUUUGGUUCGGAAACGAUUAACUUUUCAGGAUUGCCAUAAAACAAACCUAACCUAACCUAUCUAUAGGAUAACCUUACGAAAAUCCUGAAAAGUUAACGGUUUCAGUUUUACGACUAAUGAUAAUAUGACAAACAAUACAUUUGACUUAAAACUAUGUCAAACAAAGGGACACCUAUUUUGGCUAUUUGCGAGAAAUUGCAUAUAGUAAAGCGUUGUUUUGGUAAUUUAUCGAUAUGUGUAUAUACGCGUUCAUAGUGUAGCAAUUUAGGAGGUAAGGGAUGGAAAAAUACAUUUUGAAUUUUUAUUUUAA